GCGAAAAUCGCAAUCACAUUGAAUUGAAUUUCUGCCAUUUUUGACCAAUCCAAAGCAAAAACCCAAUCGCAUUACUUAUUUAUUUAUUCAAUAAUCUUACCUUCGCUGAUCAGUAAGCUAUCGGAUAAACUAAUCCAAGAACAUGGAUUCCAUACAGACCCCACCUUGAAUCCCAAAUCCCAUAAACCCUAGAAUCUCAAAUCUACUCCUCAAUAUCACAAAUUCAGUUCCCUUCUUUUUUGUUAUUCUUUUAUUUCUGAAGAAUUUAAUUCCUUAAUAUUCAGCAUCUGCUUCGAUAAACCGUACGCAAGCAGAAGCAGUUUUGCUUCUGAAAUUAUAGAUCUUGCUCCUUUUGAUUUGCUAUUCUUGGAGUAUGCACAGAUCUGGAGUUGUUAUGGCUUGGAAUGUAUUCAAGUUCUGCACGGCCUUGAGGGGCCUGGGCUCGAUCAUGAUACUCUUGGUGCUCGGGGUGGUGGGUGUCACCUAUUACGCUGUAGUUUUGACCAAUUAUGGCCCGGCGUUGUACGACGGUGGCCUGAAUUCCGUCAUUGCUCUUGCUGUUUUGAUCCUCUUUCACUUGCUGCUGAUGAUGUUAUUAUGGAGCUAUUUUUCGGUGGUUUUGACUGAUCCUGGUGGUGUGCCUCCUAAUUGGAGGCCUUCUGUUGAUGAGGAAAGAGGGGAGGCUGACCCAUUAAGUGGUCCAGAAUUUAGUUCUUUGCAGGCAGGCCUAUCUAAUCAAGGAGUCCGCCAUUGUCGGAAAUGCAACCAGCCGAAGCCACCUCGUUGCCAUCAUUGCUCUGUUUGUGGGCGGUGUGUGCUAAAGAUGGACCACCAUUGUGUAUGGGUUGUGAAUUGUGUUGGGGCACUAAAUUAUAAGUAUUUUCUACUAUUUUUGUUUUACACUUUUCUUGAGACAAGUCUCGUGACGUUGGCACUGCUACCUCAUUUCAUUGCAUUUUUUAGUGAUGGAGAAAUUCCUGGAACUCCUGGCACCCUUGCAACUACAUUUCUUGCCUUCGUUUUGAAUCUGGCAUUUGCAUUGAGUGUUUUAGGCUUUCUGAUCAUGCACGUAUCUUUGGUGGCUGCUAACACCACAACUAUUGAGGCAUAUGAGAAGAAGACCACGCCAAAAUGGCGAUAUGACCUUGGUCGGAAGAAGAAUUUUGAACAGGUGUUUGGCAUAGACAAGCGAUACUGGUUCAUUCCAGCUUACUCAGAAGAAGAUAUACGACGAAUGCCUGCACUUCAGGGUCUUGAAUAUCCAUCAAAGCCAGACUUUGAUUCACAAUAGUUCCAAGUACCAGUUGCAGCUCGUGAGGAAACUCUCGAGUAAUUAAGAUAUGGAUCCCCAAGAAUCGAUUCAUUCAUCUUAACCUAUAAACAUUGUCGUGCUAAUUUGUGCUCCUAACCAUUCAUUUCCCUGGGAAUCACUGUACAAACAUGGGUGGGAGAGAUGGAGGCACUGUAACAUAGUGAUCAAGGCUUACAUCAUCGUUGUUGCGGGAUGGUGUAAUAUUCUCUGUUGUGUAAUUACUAAUUACACUGGCUCAUGAAUCCUACGUUGUGAACUGAAAUGCUGCUUUCUGCCUAGUUGGUGGCUGCGUUGUGCACUAAAGCUGUAGGUUUGUUGUACGUUUAAUUGGAAAUAUAUCAUUUUUUGUGCAUAGUUGUUGAAAUUUUACUUUUGAAAUUUGAAGCGCAUUGAAUGCA